UUAAAAUGUGUACGUAUAUUUAAACUUGUCUUACAGCCAUUCAAGACCAGAGUUGCUAAUUGCCUGAAGGCUUGUGGACAGCAAAUGGCUAAAGUAUUAGAAACACACAGCCUGAGCAGACAUUUUGUUUUUUUCAGGAUCCCUUCUUGAAUGUCCUGGCUGCCAGUAGAAUUGAAGGCGGGAGGCAACUCAUGACCACCAAACUGUGACAGCCUUGGAUUCCCCUGCUUCUGGCUGCUCAAAAUAACCACUGGGCUACUGUGGAGAUGAAUGGAGAACAGCAGUAUGAUGCAGAUGCUGGUUCCAGUGUGGAAGAAGUGGAAUUCAAUUGGGAUGAGUAUCUAGAAGACACAGGAGCAACUGCUGCCCCCCAUGGAUCUUUUAAACAUGUGGAUACAAGUUUGCAGAAUGGUUUUGCCCCUGGUAUGAAGCUAGAAGUUGCUGUCAAGUCUGACCAAAACACCUACUGGGUAGCCACCAUCAUUACUACCUGUGGGCAGCUGCUCCUGUUGCGCUACGAUGGUUAUGGGGAAGACCGCAAGGCUGACUUUUGGUGUGAUAUCAUGACAGCUGAUUUACACCCAAUUGGCUGGUGUGAGCAGAACAAGAAGAUUCUCAAAGUGCCUGAAGGUAUCAAGGACAAGAUACCUGACCAGGAGGAAUUCCUUCAGCGGGUGCUGAAGGGAGCAUGCAGUGCUCCUGCUAACCUGCUGGAGGGGCUUCACAGAGGGAAAAAUCCAUUGGAUCUCAUUGCACCAGGGUCCCGAUUAGAACUGCAAAACAUCCGGGAUUCCCUGGAAGCGUGGAUAGUCAACGUGGUAGAAAAUGUUGGUGGGAGACUUAAAUUGCGAUACGAAGGGCUGGAGGAUUCUGACAAAUUUGACCAAUGGCUAUUCUACUUGGAUCCUUUCCUUCAUCAAGUGGGGUGGGCAGCUCAACAUGGAUAUAGCCUGCAACCACCUUUAGCCAUUAGGUCCUUGAAGAGUGAAGCAGAUUGGCAAGAGAUCCUCAAGAAGGUGAAAGUGGAGGAAGAGGAGUCAUCAGUUCCUACAGAUCUCUUUAAAGAUAAACCUGUGAUUGGAGUGCAUUCGUUCUCUGAAGGCAUGAAGUUAGAAGCUGUGGACCCAAUGGCUCCUUUUGUAAUCUCUCCUGCUACAGUUCUCAAGGUAUACAAUGAAAAAUAUUUCAUGAUACAAAUUGAUGACUUGAGACCAGACCAUACAACCAGCCAGUCUUACAUUUGUCACGUCAACAGUGCUGGUAUUUUCCCUGUGCAGUGGAGUCUGAAGAACGGCUUGCAUCUCAGUCCCCCACCAGGUUAUCCUGGGCAGGACUUCGAUUGGGCAGACUACCUCAAACAAUGUGGUGCUGAGGCGGCUCCCCAGAGCUGCUUCCCUUUGCUAACUUCUGACCACGGAUUUAAAGAGAACAUGAAACUUGAGGCUGUGAACCCAGUUGAUCCUGAAGAAGUUUGCAUUGCUACAGUCACCAAGUUAAAAGAUUCCUACCUCUGGCUUCAGCUGGAGGGCUCCAAGAAGCCCGUCCCUGACUGUAUAGUGAGCGUGGAAUCCAUGAAUAUAUUUCCAGUGGGUUGGUGUGAGACGAAUGGAUAUCAGCUCAGACCUCCUCGCAAAGCAAUAGUAAACAAGCAGAAAAAAAUUGCAGUAGUUCAACCAGAGAAACAAAUUUUGUCUUCAAGGACAGUUCAUGAUGGACUAAAGAACCAGGAACUGAACUCUUCUGACUCAGUGGUAAUUAAUGGAAAGUACUGCUGCCCAAAGAUCUACUUCAACCACCGGUGCUUCUCAGGGCCUUACCUUAACAAAGGCAGGAUUGCAGAGCUUCCUCAGUCUGUGGGACCUGGGAACUGUGUUCUUGUUCUGAAAGAGGUUCUCACUUUAUUGAUCAAUGCAGCGUACAAACCUAGCCGUGUCCUGCGAGAACUGCAGUUGGAUGAAGAGGCUGCGUGGCAUGGGCAUGGAGAGACCCUAAAAGCCAAGUACAAAGGGAAGAGCUACCGUGCAACUGUGGAAGUUGUGAGGACGGCAGAUCGGGUGGCAGAUUUCUGUAGAAAAACAUGCAUCAAGCUGGAAUGUUGUCCAAACCUCUUCGGCCCUCAGAUGGUGCUGGAUAAGUGUUCAGAGAACUGCUCUGUCCUGACAAAGACUAAAUACACACACUAUUAUGGAAAGCGGAAAAACAAGCGGAUAGGUAGGCCUCCGGGUGGCCACAGUAACCUGGAAGUAGCCAUGAAGAAACCAAAUAAAAGACGGAAGAGACGAAAACAUUUUUUUGUUCAUAAGAAAAAACGUUCUUCUACUUCAGUGGAUAACACUCCAGCUGGAUCUCCCCAGGGCAGUGGAGGAGAAGAGGAGGAUGACCAGGAUGAGGUAGAUGAAGAAUCUCUGACUGAGGAUAGUACCUCAGAGCACCAAGACGAAUUGCUUGAAGAAUCAGAGGUAUCGGAGAAGAAAUCACUGUCAUCCUCUCCUACACAGAGUGAACUGUCUCAUUCCCUGGCUCAGGACCGAGACAAGCGGAAGAGGAAGCUUAGGACCUUUUCCUUUUCUGAUGAUGAAAAUAAACCUCCUUCACCAAAGGACAUAAAGAUGGAAGUUGCAGAAAAGCUGCAGCUGGACAGUAACCCUCUGGAAUGGAGUGUGGCUGAUGUUGUACGAUUCCUCAAAUCCACUGACUGUGCACCACUGGCGAGAAUUUUCCUUGAUCAGGAAAUCGAUGGCCAGGCGCUGCUGCUGCUGACCCUGCCCACUGUUCAGGAGUGUAUGGACUUGAAGCUUGGGCCAGCUAUUAAACUUUGCCAUCACAUUGAGAGGGUCAAACUUGCCUUCUACCAGCAGUUUGCUAACUGAGGAGCAACCAAGUUGAAGCGGACCUUUGAAGCACAACUACAAAAACAUGCUCCUUUCUCUCUAGCAAGGAAAGCCAAAUGAAGUUAAACUGAGGCCCUGGUGACCUAAGAGCAUCUGUCAGCCUCAGUUUUUCACUUUGACAAAAGGAAGACAACAUCUGGAGCAAAAUGCCAAUGCAAACAUAGGGGCUACUCUACCAGCUGCCAGCUUGGGAACACAAUAGUCUCUUGCUCUAUGGUUCCCUUUUUUUAAUGUAUUUUUUAAUGAUUACAGAAAAGUCUCCUCUGGUGGGAAAUGACAUUUCAAUAGUUCUGUUGGCACGGAACUUUAAAAGGAGAGACAGAUCCUGUUUACGUUAGCAUGUAGGCUGCCAGAAAUAACCUUUCUCUGUUCCUGAUGAUUCACAGAAUCCCCUUCCCUCCCUGUGGACGAACACUUGCUUUACCACAGCACUGGCUUUGGAAUGUGCUCUUUGCACAUUCGUGUGUUAAUGUUGAGUUUUUUAAUGAAUUUGUUCAUUGUUAGGACAACAACAUGGCCACAGGGUUCUGAAUGUACAGUAUAGCAAGAGUGUGGUUCCUUUGGUGGGGGGGGUGGUGUUUAUUUUGGUUUUUUGUUUCGUUGUUGGGUUUUUGUUUUGUUUUGUUUUUACUACCUCUGUAGCCUGAACAGUAGAAGUGAUGAACUAAAAAGGGAGGGAACUACUUCUGGACAAAUUGUCUGUAGCUGCACAGCAGUCUCUCUUCUGUAGGCAUGUCAGGAGUACAAACCAAGAUCAGCAUACAGAGCUUCUCUUCCAAAGCUUUAGCUGAAACCUGUGUAGGCUUUACCUGGAUGUUACCUUUUUCCCAGAUGUCAGAAAACUUAAUUAUUUUGCACUUCUCUUACAGACGGGCUGUAGGAAAAAAGGAAGGAAAGAGAAAGUGCCUCUGCAUUUUCUAUAUUUUCAUUGUCAGAUAACUUUUUUUUUUUUAAUUGUGUGACGUUAUUUCCUUUUUCUUAUAGCAAACAAUUGGGCCAUGUAAACAGAGCCUGUCAGCAGACUUUUGCUUUGCUACCUGAACAUCUUUUAUAGAGAAUACACUAAGGAAACUGCGAUCAAUAGAGGACUGCAACUUAGCUCUGCCAGUGUUUGCAUACUGGAAACUAUCUUACGAGCAUGACUUUGUAUUUUUAACUAUUCCAGCUGCUCAGGAUCAGACUUGAUGAAAAUGUGGGGGGUUGGGAAGGGGGUCGUGUGCUUUUUUUAGAGAAAAGGAAAAGGACCAGAGGGACAUCUAGUUCCAUCAGUAGACCCACAGUAGGAUGAACUGCUGGUUUUAAUUUCCAGGAUAAUAAAACCCAAUCAGCCACUUGCUGUAGAACUGUGCUUUACACUUUCAGUAACAGGGCUUACAUUACUUUCCAUUAAAGUUGUGGGGAAACUUGCAUCGGGCUCAAGAUCUGCAUCAAAUAAGCAUUAGGUUUCAGAUAGCUUGCAUUCAUUCACUCCGCCUGUUCUCAGAGUAUUUGAAGGAGCACAGGCAGGAACUUUAUGUGUACAGCCCUGGUCCUUUACCUCCUAUUCAAAUACAUUUUUGCAGAAAGCCCCUGGCAUACUAAGGCGUUUGAGGUGGGAAGGUGCUCACUGCAGGAAUUUGUUUAGGAAAGACGCAUUUGCUGGUUUCUGAUAAACACUGGUCACUCUGGUCAAAUGGAUUGAUUCAACCAUCCCUUAGGCCUAAUGUGAUUAGUUAUUUUGAUACCGUGAGCUGUAGGAUUCAGUAAGGAGGUAGUCUGUAAACUAAGAGCUGACUUUGCACAGUCUGUAUCUGUAUCUGCCACAUAGGUGUUGAGGGGGAGCUACCUCCAAUGAAAACUGUUUAGAGUAAGCAAAGCUAAGUAACUGGGGUUUAUUUCUUUUGCCCCUUAGAAUAACUGCCUAGUGAAGGCAGAACUAUUUACAGAAGUGCUAAAAUCAGAUCAUUUUUUUUCCAUUCCAGAAUCAAAAUGUAAAUGUCAGACAGACUGUUUAGUAGCUGAAUAUUCUUGAGGGAGAAAGGGCAGUGUGUAGCUAGGACAAUUUUUUCUCCCAAGUUGUAAGCAGAGACUGAAAACAUAAUUAAAUUGAAAUCAAAGUGCCCCUUCUUCUUCCUCACACCGGAUCCAUGGCCAAUAAAUGGAUGGUUCCGCUCUUCAUAUUGUGCAUAGGUCAUCUGCCUGUACUCCAUUCCCUUAGGACAAGCUCAGUGAUAAGCCAUUAGGCCUGAAAAAAUUUUUGAAAGAAACACUGCUGUUUUGCUGUCAGCACCUUGUCUUGAGAAAUGUGACCAGCAGGAAACUUCUGGGCUGGAAGAUGAUGCUUUUGGAUCAUAUUUGUCAUUCUUUAGGGUUUCCAGAAUUCUAUUGCACUGAUGCCCAGCAGAAUUGACCUGCAUAGCCAAGAGACGUUGCUUCCAUCUUUCUCUAUGGACAGAUAGAUGUCUUUUUAAGUAGUUGUUAGGAGAGAACAGAGCUUAAAGGGUAAUUUAGUGAACCUGUUAACAUGGUGCCUAGGGUUUUAAAUACAAAUGUCAUACUUCUUUUUCUCAGUAAAUAAAGCAGUCAGCAGUUUCAGAGGUUAGUGGGAUACUUACUGGUCACCUUUGACAUGUUUUAUAGGCUGGAUUUUUCUGCCUUGUUUUGGGAGGCACUGACAGUCUGGUCCCAAUGGGAUCUAUUUUUGUUGAGAUUUUCAAAAGGGAUGUUUUCAUUAUUUGUGAAAUGUUUUUAUGCUGCACACGGGUACUGUACACUCUGUUUCCUGGAAAAAAUGCACUCUGUUUUAUUGCUGGAUUUAAAAGGGAUAAUUGGGGCUUUAUCUUGAUGGAUGGGGUUUCUACUUGACUCUGUUUCAAGUUCCUCUUUCUCUAUGCGUGGCAGAUGGCACAACUGCACUUAUAUUUGUUCAUCUUACUCCAACAUGACUUGAAAUCAGCUCACGCACUGCUUUAGUUGCUCUGUUUCUUCAAAACUGGAUUUUGGGUAGCUGAUGGCUGAAUCUUGACUUUGGGUCAUACUGAUGUUUCACCAGCAGGAGUUGCUGGGACUGCAGUAAUUCAGGCUUCAGGGAUUUGUGCUGUCCUCUACCACAUCAUUCACCAUAAGAUACGACAAAGCUGGAGUCCAGGAGAAAGGCAGUGAUGUGUUGCAAAUGUCUUCACUACAAGAAAAUGAGCCCUCCAUUGGGCCUCAUGUACUGUUUAUGUGGAGGGUAAAAGGAGAUUACCCUUGGCUGACCCAUUGAGGGUUUGUAUUCUUGCUUGUCUUAUUUUCAUAUGCAUUGUACAGUCUUGGUUUUGCACAUCAUAGCUUUAGAAACCUGGUGGUGCCUCCAUAUGGCACUCGUACUGUGCUUAGCCUUGUUAAGCAGAAAGAUUUUGUUGAAUUACUGUAGGGUGCUUUCUGCAUCAACACAAGGAUUCCAUAAUAGAGAAUAUUUGACCUCCAAAAACAUCAUGGGAGGUUAAUGUGGUAGAAUUAUCCCCCAAAGCAUGAGCAGCUUGCAGUCCAUCCUAAACUGAAAGCAGUCCAGGUACAGCACUGAUCCUGGUGAAUGAAGACUACUUUUUUCUAAUGCUAAACAUUUCUGAAAGUUGCUCUUUGAGGAAUGAAACAAAAGGCAGAUUCAUUUGUGCGUUGUAUAGAACUCCAGGAGUGUUUGCAGUCUCUCCUGGGAUUAAUGGAAACAGUACAUACAGAGUUCGGGAGUGGUUGUUAAGAUUACUUUCUCUUGUCCCAACUUUCAGCAGUAUUUUGUUGUUGCUUUAGGAUUUGCCAAUGUUUAUUCUUGCUUCCAAUGAUGCUUUAAAGGAGGGAAGGCGUAUUUAGCUGCUAGGUCCACAGAAGUGUAAAUAUAUUUACAGUUGAUUGGACUGAGCACUCCAUUCUUCUGUAUAAAGUACAAAGACUUGGUACGUUGUUAGCAAAAGGCAAAGUGGCUUGCGAGAUUUUUGAAUGUAAUGGAAUAGGCUUCAAAACUAUCGAGCUCAAAUUGGAGACUGCAUGCCUUUGGACCAAAUCUAUUGUUAGAGGAGAAGUUACUAGAUGAAGUAGCCUUACCAGAAAGCCAAAAAUACGAUUAUCCUAUACAAAGCUACUCCUUAACCAGUUCUGUCACAUAGUGGCAGACUCGGUACUGCCUACUGUGAGCUCAAAUUACCUAAAAGUAACUAAGCACAAAGAUACAGGCUCUGUCAGGAGACUUCAGAUGUUGGCUGAAGGCUCCAUUUUAAAGGGAUUGUGUGCUGAACCCUACUUCAGAGUGCUGCCGACCUUCCCCAAACAUGCAUGUAGCCUUGUUUUCUAAGGCAGCCUUUUGGGUGAAGGAUUGGAAUGGGACAUGGGAACACCAGUUACAAGAAGCCUCUUUUAUUGUUAUGUGUUUUUCUAAAAAAAAUUUAAAAAAUAGUCUGUAUGAAAUAUAGCAAAAAUGAGUUAAGGUUAGUGACACUUUGUCUCCAUGGUCAUUUCUAGCUUCCUCAACAUCGCAUCUGUUGUUCUGAAAUGCACCAGACAUAUAAAUGGACUUUUUGAUGAGAAGACAAAGUUACUCUGUUAGGUGCAAAGCCAGCAGUGUUUGGCUCAGCUUUAAGCCAUGGAAGCGAGCAGGUCUUGCGCUGCCAAAAUUCAGAGGCAGUAGGUCUAGCUGACUUAGCACAAACAUGGGCACAGAGCCUGUGGAAGUCCUCUAGCCUUGCACAGUUCAAGAGGAACAGGCCUUCUGCUUGAGACACGGGGACGGCUCGCUCAAGUUGCGUGAAUGAACAAUGAGGUCCGGGCACAAAUGAAUUCUUGCCCACUCUGAAAGCUGUUGAGCACCAGUUUCCAAGAAACCUCGUGGAAAAAAAAAUUCUGGAGGUGUCAUGUUUCUCCUCUCCUCUUUCAUUUCUUUUUUUUUUUUUUUUUUUAAUUUCUGUUUAAAAUAAAUUUUAAAUAAUCUUUGUAGACAAUCAGGUCUUCUAGGAGACUUUACCCUAAAGGGUACCUGCUCUCCACCUGUGGGCCUCUUUCUUAUACUAACUCAUUGGAACUGAUGCACUUUUCCUGUAUUUUGCCUUUUUUAAUUAGCUGCUUGUUCUUAAACAAAGAUUUAAAUGCAUAUUGUGUUGUGUCCCUUCUGCUUGUUGUUUUAUCUUUCUUUAACUUUUAAAUAUAUAUAUAUGCAGUGAGACUGAAGUACUACAUGGAAGAGAAACAUGCACAAGAAAAUAUGCCUAUUAAGUCCCACCAUUGUUUGAGCAGGUGUAACAAUUUAAUCAGAGGAUUUUUUAAAAAAUAUUUUGGAUGGAUAUUUUGCUUGUUUUGUCUGUAAAUAGUGUACAUAAGUUUGUGGUAUAUGACAGUUUUAAGUGGUUGUAAGAAAAUUAAAAAAGAUACUUAAACUGUUA